CCUCUAACAACUUUAGUAGUUUCAUGUCAGAUCUGUAGUUACCUGCCUGUCUGUUACAUACAUUUUUGGAAAUAUUAAAUAAAUGUAAAAAAGAAUCGUCGUAGACUACAGGACAUAGUACUUUGAUUGCUAUUUAUGGUUAUGUUCAACAUUUCGUGAAAUAUGUUUGUAUACAAAUUUAUUGAAAUCAUUUGUAAUUUGUACUAGAUGCGAUAACGGGCGCUCAAGGAGCGUUUCGUUGUGAUAUUACGAGUUUUGUUAUAAUCAGGCAGUUUGGUGUUAUUUCAUUCAAGAAACAUGCCACGAAAACCGAUUAAAAAACCACCACCGCCUGGGUUCAACUUUAAACCGCAGGAGGAGCAAGUCGUGACUCCACCUGGCAACUUGGACAAACAGACCACCAUAACAGUUGAUGAUAAAACAUUCACUGUACAUGCUGAUGACCUGGUGAAGAUCUGUGACCUGGGCCGAGGAGCUUAUGGCAUUGUGGAGAAGAUGCGUCAUAUACCCAGCAACACUGUGAUGGCUGUUAAGAGAAUCACAGCAACAUUGAAUAAUCAGUCUCAGGAGAGGAAACGUUUACUCAUGGACUUAGAUGUGUCCAUGAGGGCCAGUGCAUGUCCAUUUACAGUGCAUUUUUAUGGUGCAAUGUUCAGAGAAGGUGAUGUGUGGAUAUGCAUGGAGGUUAUGGACAUGAGCCUUGACAAAUUCUAUUUGAAAGUGCACAAAAAUGAACGCUCUAUACCAGAAAACAUUCUUGGCAAAAUUGCGUUUUCUGUUGUGAGUGCUCUGCAUUAUUUGUAUUCAGAGCUCAGAGUUAUUCACAGAGAUGUAAAGCCAUCUAACAUUUUGAUAAAUAGAAAAGGAGAAGUUAAAAUGUGUGACUUUGGUAUCUCUGGACAUCUUGUUGACUCAGUUGCAAAAACCAUAGAUGCAGGAUGUAAACCAUAUAUGGCACCUGAAAGAAUUGACCCUAUGGGUAAUCCAGGGCAAUAUGACAUUCGUAGUGAUGUUUGGUCACUUGGUAUCUCUAUGAUCGAGCUUGCGACUGGCACAUUUCCCUACAGCACUUGGGGUUCGCCUUUUGAGCAAUUAAAGCAAGUGGUAAAAGAUGAUCCUCCCAGACUGCCAAGUGACAAAUUCUCACCAGAGUUUGAGGAUUUGAUUGUAAAAUGUUUGCAAAAAGAUUACCGACAAAGACCUAAUUACACAGCACUGUUGUCUCACCCAUUCUGUAAGGAGCACAGUGAAAAGGAAACUGAUGUAGCUUCUUUUGUUCAAGAGAUACUGAAUUUACCAGAUGACUCCUAAUGAUAGGAACAUUUAUUUUAAAACAUAAUAUUACUUAUCAAUAAGUACAAGUGUUUAUUCAUUAACAAUAAUAUAGAUUGUUAUUAAUGUUAUUAACAAAUUUAUAGUUAGUGAGGGUUAGCUACUGACAUUGUCUUAAUGUUUUAUACAACAUCCAGAAUGCUAGUGUUUCAUAUUUUAAGUACGCUGCUAACCUGAAGAUGAUCAAACUAUUGGCAUUGUGGACUCAAUUGCAAUAAUGAAUACUUAGUUAGUGAAUGCAUCACAAAUCAAUUAAUUAUUCUUGAUAAACAUUUGUUUUUGUCUAUGCAUUA